UGCUAUGGUGUUGAAAAGUAUCAUAGCUGGAAAAGGCCGAGUGGAUCGUGGGUUUCCAGAGCGGCUGCUGCCAACUCCAGUCAUUGAAAAUAGUGGAGACCAUGUCGGCCGAGUAUAAUCCGCAGGAAGGGAAGCCGGGUCACAGUGGCGAGGAUCCGUCUGAGGACCAACUUUACUCCGGCUCAAUGCUUCGCUCCAUCUCGGAGCUCCGGCUCCGAGCGCUGAAGCACAGCCCAGCCUGGCCACUGGGCUUGGAGAAUGAAUUCCUUCUCAAAUUCCUCAGAGCCCGGGACUUCGACAUCGAGCUGGCGCUGAAGCUACUGUCAAAUUACCAUAAAUGGAGAGCCGAAUGCCCUGAGAUAAGUGCAGAUCUGAGGCCUGUAACAGUCAUGGGUCUCCUAAAGGCUGGUUACCAUGGGGUUUUGAGGUCUCGUGAUUCCAGUGGAAGCAGGGUUUUGAUAUAUAGAAUUGGGCACUGGGACCCCAAGCAUUUUUCAGCCUAUGAAGUAUUUCGUGUCAGUCUCAUUACAUCAGAACUAAUUGUGAAGGAGGUGAAAACCCAGUUAAAUGGUGUGAAGGUUAUCUUUGAUCUUUGUGGCUGGCGAUUUGCUCAUGCUUUGAAGAUCAGUCCAACAAUUGCCAAAAAAAUUGCAUCUGUGCUUGUAGACUCCUUUCCACUGAAGGUCCGAGGUAUCCACAUGAUCAAUGAGCCCGUACUGUUUGAUUCCGUCUUUGCCAUAAUUAGACCAUUCCUGUCUGAAAAAGUCAAAGAGCGUAUUCACAUGCAUGGAAACAGUUACCAGUACAGCCUUUUCAAAUACUUCCCAGUUCAGAUUCUUCCACCUGAAUACGGUGGCGAAGGACCUGCUUAUGAGGAACUCUGUGAAGAAUGGACCAAAUUUGUGCAGCAGUCUGAGAAAGAUCUUCUUGAACUUUCACUUGUUACUUGA